AUACGCUGCUGACGCACCUAGUAGACGGUCGGCAGGUCCAGGACCUUGAUGUUCCAUGAGUUCACAACUUUGCACUGUUUUCAAGCGCCAGGCAGUUUGUUCGUCUGGGUUGCGGCCUAUUUGGCGCUUUGGAAAAUUGCGUAGUAUUGCUAUGCGCGCCUGUCACGAGGUUGCUCAUAGCAACGCGGACGCGAACCCUUCCCAGCAGCGGUCUGGCCCGCAUGUUCAAGCAUUUAAGCGAACCGCUGCCUCCAGGUGGAGGUCGCGCGGUCCAGCAAGCCGCGGGCUGCAGACCAAGCUUCUCAAGGAACUCCUUGAAACACAGCAUGGCACUAAAAGGAAAUCAGCACGCUGCGGACACUCAUGGGAGGCGUGUCGGAGGCUGCCGUCUGGCCCGAAUUCACAGUGCGUGGCGUCCACGGCGGUGGCGCGACCCUCAAGAGCUUGGGAGACGUCCGCCGCCUGGUGCUGCCGGCGGUGAUCAAGGACGCCAUGCGGGGUAAACCCGAGCUGGUGGACGACGUCAACGACGCUGUGCUGGAGCCACUUCUGGAGAAGGACGCUGGUCGGGUAGUCCCGGGUGUCGGGUUGUGAGUGCCCGGGCGGCUGUUGCCCGGGCGCCCGGGCGGCUGGUGCUCCUGUUCGCCUCCGGGCGCGCGCGUGCCUGUUUGAUGGGUCGGUCUAGUUCGCUGGUGGGGCGGGUGGAGGGCGGUGUGCCCGUGGCGAGGUGUUGUGGUGUACUGGUGGUUUGGUCAGUUUCCGGCUCGGUUUCCCUUUGUGGUGCCUCGGCACCGACGUUUCCGGACAUGGGCCUCCGGGCCAAGACAUUGCGCGUCUGUGACGCCGACGAGAAAAUGUGUGGUGCUUGCGUUUGAUGGGGAUGUCGGCAGACCUCUGGCCUGUCGCGCCUUGUUGUGCGUGGGUGCUGCCGCCAAAAGACCUAAACGAG